UCUUCUUCAUCUGUCUUUUCUUUUUCCUGCUCAGGGGCUUUCACUGAUGCCAAGCAUUUGCACGAACAGGUGUCGCGAGACGCGGUACGGAGAAGCUCCGACUCGAUUGAGAUUUUUGGGGGGUCGGACUCGGACGGACCCGUCGUCGCCAAUGGGGGAGCACCAACCGCUGUUGGCGACCAUAACUCUCCUCUGGCCCUGCUCUGCCCGCGAGAUCCCCAACCUCCCGCCGCCUCCGGCCUCUCACGUGCCACUUUUAAUGCACGCCUCGCGCGCCCAUCCCUCCCUCGCGCGCCUCUACUUAACGACGUUCUGAGCCCGCACGCUCUCGCCAAGGACAAGCGUACACCUGCCUCGGCGAGCGAGCACAGCUACGCAGGCCGAAUCGAAGAAACCCCGUGGCCAUGGCCACUGCCGCUCCCCGCCUCGCGGCGCCCCUCCUCCUCCUGCUCGGUCUCCUGUCCGUCUCCGCCCUCGCCGCGCGCGUCGACGCCGGGUUCAAGUCCUCCCCGGGCAAGAAGAAGCCCGUCGUCAAGCCGCCGCCCGUGGCGCCGGGCACUGGCACCGCCAACAAACCUGGCCCCGGCGCGGGCGGCGGCGGCGCCAUUCCGACCAUCCCGGGCUUCAACAUCCCCGGGACGGGCGGCAGCGGUUUCGGCAACGGCAUCCCCGGGCUGGGCUGCGGGUGGGGCGGAGGUUACGGCGGGCCGGGCGGCGGGUACUCCCGCGGCGGCGUGGUGGCGCCCACGGUGGUGUGCUCCGACAAGGGCCCCUGCUACAGGAAGAGGGUGACCUGCCCCAUGAAGUGCUUCUCCUCCUACAGCGGCGCCGGCAAGGGCUACGGCGGCGGCGGCGGCGGCAGCUGCACCAUCGACUGCAAGGUCAAGUGCACGGCCUACUGUUAAUUGACCUCACCCGUUAGCACCAAGUGCGGCAGCUUUUGGCGUGAUCGCGCACGUCGGUGAGUACGACUGGUAGUUGUGGAGUACUUGUUAGCUGCGGCGUUAUACUAGCACUUGCACUUUCUUAUGGCUCGAGGGAUAUGCAUAAGGUAGGUUUAUGUCUAAGAUGCUCCUUAUGGUGUAUAAGUAGCUGCAUUUUGUUCUUGCUUUCAUAGGUAACUUGGGUGUAAAAUAUCCGGUAUCAGGCAAUAAAGUGCUAUAUAUUCAUAAGUUAUUGUUACUUGUACUUUGUUUUUUUUUUUGGGCUGGAUUUGCAAGGGGAAUGGAAGUCACCUGGGGGUAUGUCAGUGCUUGAAGAACAAACUUUGGAGUUUGUGCUCGUCCAAACUUAUAAAUUCGGUAAGAAUUUUAUUCGAAUAAGUACGGUUCCGAAUUCCUACG